AUGUCUUCAUCACAAUACUCAGCGGGCUCAGAAGAGGGUGAGAUACGUCCGACGAAGAAGAUAAGACGCACCGUCGACCCAACCAUGCCCACGGCAAUACGUACUGGGACUUCUGGCUCACACGCUCGCCACGCGCCAGCACCUCGUCCAUACAACCGGCGCGCAAGCCCAGAUACGAUGAGGCCACCGCCACCGCCUGGUCUACUAUCGCCGUCUACACCCGGUUCAAAACGCACUUUGUUUCAAGAACUACAAUCAGCGGAAUCGAGACCACGGCCCACAUCUUCAUCAGCACCAAGCACACUAACGACAGCUGUCCCAGCUUUUCCAGGAUGGGAAAAUCGAGGGAGCAGUAGCAGAAAUCCAGUCGACCGUCAUGAACACGUGCCUCAAUCAAGGAGAUCCGACGCUGGUGCUGCUGGCCCCCCACCUUCUGCCAACAUGAUUACGGCUUCCCAAGAACAGCGUGGCAUCACGCAUGGUACCCAGUCGGAAUUUGAUGAGGUCAGAGUCGCCAUUCCAGCUCGUAGGACCGAAGCAGUGAACGACCAAGUACAAGCAGCAACUGCUAUAACGUCAGCGAAAAAUGCCUCGAAAGAUCCGUACCAAGCUCAGGUCGAAGUCAUCGAAGAGCACCAGGAUCUCGCGGACUCAAGCUACGAACCAUCGCAAUCGCAGGAUACGCCACCACCGUUCACAGGUAGUAUAGACACGCAAGAAGCUAUCGACCUCGCAAAUGCGGACAUUGACGUCCGCAAAGGCCAGUCAUCCGACACAGCUACUAUUACUGAUUAUGACCAGCCUGCAUCAGCUCGUCGCCCUAAUGAAUGCGAAGACUGUGCUACAUCAUUGGACGAUGAGCCGUAUACGUGGAAAUGUACUCGAUGCGAACACAGCGGCUUCUGUGUAACAUGUUAUGCGGUACCUCAAAUUGUCGACAGAAACGGCCACCAUGAUCACAAGUUCGUCUCGGUUCGCGGACGAGCUUCCCAAGGUGCAGCUGGCCCGUCGUCCUCAACCACAUCGACGCCUCGCGAACAAGUCAUCGAGAAGCAGCGCAAGAAGAUGGUGAAAUUGAAAUAUGGCGUGCGACAUAUGCCGUAUGCCAGCCUCAAACAGGAGUCCGCCAGACAGGAUCGCGACCGUGCUAUUCGACAAAUCAGACUUAAUUGGCCUAGUUCUGCUUUUUGGCCACGGGCGCUCGCUCCUCGCAGCAACGGGAUCCUUCUCCAACCCCGAGAUGUCAGCACUAGCUUGCUGAGUGUAGUGGUCGAGCUGUCGGACCUCACCAAGUGGGAUCCGCAGACAGGACAUGAUGCGAUGACUAGCGCCGUGUCUGAACGCCAGGCAUCACAGGGUAUCCCCGAUGGCCACGUGAAGUUAUUGCCUGAUGAUGUGAAGGUUGCCAUAGAGCUGUGCAGUGGCGAGGGCGAAGCUAUGGUGGGCGAUGAGGACAACCUUAUGAUUGAAGAAACACACGUCGACAGCGAGACGGAGUCGGAGUCGUUGGACAUCGUACCCUCACAAGAUAUUGCGGUUCGGCCACGCGCUCGGGUGUCGUCUGAAGAUACAGCCAACGACACUUUCGAUACAUCCGUGACUUUCAGACAGUCUCCUCCCACACCCUCUCGCCAGCUGGGUGAUGAAAUGGAUGUCUUUCCGGAGGAGGGAGCACAGAUCCUACGUACGGUGCCAUCGUCCAUAGCUGAGGACGAAGCGCCGAGGCCAAGAUCCUUCACUGCAACAAGUGAAGAAUAUCGCACGAUCACACCAGCCAAACAACAGCCAGCAGGCUCGCCAGUCGUGACGCUGGCCGACUUGAUGGCGCAGGCCCGAGAGAUCGUGCGCACCACACCCAGCAGUCGUGAGUUCCGCAUCGCCAGAGAAGAAAAGUGGUCAGAUCACGUCAAAGAGUUCGAGGACCUUUUCGUAUGUAUGUCGACGAAAGCUGAGUUCCAGGGUAAAAUACUUGGGGUGCGCUUUCAACUAGAAGAGGAAUAA